GUGCUUUGUCUCUGAGUCUUACUGUCUUUUUAGUUCCCUUGAUGGUUUCCCUGGGCUCCUGCCUGUGGCCAUAUUGUCCCCUCUCUCUGGGCCGGUGACUCAGUCUCCCCUCACAGCUACUUUAUCAGACCUCCAUCUCUCCCCUCUCUGGGUGUCUCUGGGGAAAGCCUGUGGGGGAGGGGCAGUUGCCCCAGGCACACAGUCACAAUGGGGCCUGAGUUAUUCAUUCACCAAAUUGCAUACCUCAGCCCAAAGACCUUUAGUCUUGGGCUAAAGGAGCAGUGACCUGGAAAGUGCUCCCAGGUGGAGGGAGAGGAAGGGUGUGAUAAAGGUGAUCUGAAGUAGGGCUGUUGGAGAGGGAUCGGGGGAUGAGGGAAGACAGGAGACCGGGGGAGGCAGGGACAGAGACAGGGGGUCAGAGAAAGGCAAAGACACAGAGGGGGACAGAGAGAUGACAACCAACUGUGGCUAUCCCAGUGACCUUAUUCUCCAUAAUCCCCUUUUCAGAGUCCACUUCUUUUUAAAAACUUUAUUCGUUUAUUUUUGGCUGUGCUGGGUCUCCCUGGCUGCAUGUGGGCUUUCUCUAGCUGUGGCAAGUGGGGGCUGCUCUAGUUGUGGUGUGUGGGCUUCUCAUUGUGGUCACUUCUCUGGGGAGAACGGGCUCUAGAGCGCGCGUUUGAGUAGUUGCGGCUCACGGGUUUAGUUGCCCCGUAGCAUGUGGAAUCUUCCCAGAGCAGGGAUCGGAACCCACGUUCCCUGCAUUGGCUGGUGGAGUCUUAACCUCUGGACCACCAGGGCUGCGCGGAGUCCGGACCGCACCUGCCUCACCUGCUCUUGGAGGGCUGGCACCUGUCACGUGACUAUCCAGUCUGCGUUUCCCUUUAGGAACUGGUCGUGGCGCCGUUCUACCGGCUAAGCGAAUGUCUCGGAAAAGUGAUACAUGGAAGAAAGAGGCCCUGGGAGAUGAGCUUGCCGCUAUGAGACUGCAGAAGCUGGAACAGCAGUGGCUUCUGUUUGAGAAGAAGCAGCGACGGAAGCGCCAAGAGCCCCUCAUGGUUCAGGCCAAUCCUGACGCUUCAGUGCGGCCGCGGAGACCGAGGCGGCGGGAGGAGCGCUUCUCGGCUGCCACCGACCCCCUCCCAGGCCCCAGGAAUCCUUUCCUUCAGGAGAAUGUGCCAGAGGCGCAUUUGUGCACUGAAUCCCACGGUAUCCUGGGCACCGUGAGCUGCGGUGGAGAUGGCAGUGGCGAGCGUGACCGUCUGUUACUGCCGACAGAAGCAGGCAGCUCUGAUCUGGAGUUGGAGGAAGUCUCCGUGGAGGAUGUUCCUGCCUCGCCGCCUCCUUGUGAAGAGCCUCCGGGGACUCUUCUGUCGCGCAAAGGUUGGCCAGCCCACCAACGAUCUGGCGCCAGUGCUGAGGACGAGAGCAAAUUACAGGAUGUUGGAAAUGAAUACGAACUGCCCAGUGCCAGAUCAAGCCCUGGAAUGGAUGGUGACGGUGGCCUUGGAGACUUGGCCUCCAACAAGGGUGAAGACCUGGAAGAGAAGAAAGAGGAGCCGGAGUUUACCAUGAGGAAAUCCCCAGAGACGAGCGUCGAAGUGGUGUCCGAGGGCGCACGCGGUGUGGGCAGCGGCGAUGUGGGGAGCUCGCCCCACACGCCUCCCUGCGCCCCAGGCCCUCGGCUGGGCGAAGACAUGAAAGCAUAUGUGCUGCGGCCAGCGAUGCGCGGUCACAUGGUGCAGUGUUGCAUCAGCCGCGACAAGAGCGGUGUAGACAAGGGCAUGUUCCCUUUCUACUAUCUCUACCUGGAGGCGGCCGACGGCCGGAAGCACUUCCUUCUGGCGGGGCGCAAGAGGAAAAGGAGCACAACCUCUAAUUACCUCAUCUCUCUGGACCCUACAGACCUGUCUCGGGAUGGGGACAAUUUUGUAGGCAAAGUCAGAUCUAAUGUCUUGGGCACCAAGUUCAGCAUCUUCGACAAUGGGGUGAAUCCGGAAAGGAAACAUUUUUUUCCGGAGACUGCUCGGAUCAGGGAGGAGCUGGCGGCUGUAUGUUAUGAGACCAACGUCUUGGGAUUCCGAGGGCCCCGGAAAAUGAAUGUUGUUAUUCCGGAAAUCAACGCCCAGAACCAGAGAAUGUGUGUCCAGCCACAAAAUGAACAAGAAUCGCUCCUGAGUCGCCUCCAACGGGGAGCCAGGCAGGGCCUGGUCCUGCUGCGAAAUAAACCCCCAUCGUGGAACGACAAGAGCGGCGCCUACGUGCUCAAUUUUCAUGGUCGGGUCACGCGGGCCUCGGUCAAGAACUUCCAGAUCGUUUAUCCGGAUGACCCGGACUACCUCGUGCUCCAGUUUGGUCGUAUAGCCCCAGACACGUUCACCAUGGACUUCCGCUUCCCACUUUGCCCACUCCAAGCCUUUGCCAUCUGCUUGUCCAGUUUCGAUGGGAAGCUGGCAUGUGAGUAAAUUCAAUAAAUAACUCUAAUCA